AUGAGGCAAAACCACCUCGGCCGAACACCUCCCGAGAUUCCGGGGAGGAGGGAUAGGAGAAACUCCAACCUCUACUGUGCCUACCACCGAGACGUUGGGCACGAGACCGAAGAUUGCAACGAUCUGAAGCGAGAGAUCGAAAACCUGAUUCGACAGGGACACUUGAAACAAUUUGUUCGCAAAGAUGGAGGCUUCGACCGAAGUGCUUCCCACCGGGAGAGCCGAGGUCCUCGUCGAGAAGACAGGCGGGACACCAAGCUUAAUUGCCGAGGCCCUGAGGACCACAAGGGGGAUCAGAGGCCUCCACGUGACGGAUCACCAGGCUACGACCCAAACAUUGCCGGGGUGAUCAAUACCAUCUCAGGUGGCCCCACGGGAGGAGACAGCCAGAACUCCCGGAAGCGGACCUACCGCCAAGCCGGUAUGGAUGUGGCUGAGCCGAGCUCGAGGCUGUCCGAGGUGAUAACCUAUGGUCCCCACGACCCUGUCCCCGCUGCCUCCAGCAAUCACGAGACCCUCGUGAUUGAGGUCCUCACAAACAAUUACAUAGUCAAAAAGGUCUACGUUGACCCCGAAAGCUCGGUAGACGUCAUGUACUACCGGACCUUCGAGAGUUUGAAGUUGACCCGGGAGCAACUCACUCCGGUCAGAACUCCCCUUGUCGGCUUCGGGGGACACGUCGUCCACCCGGAGGGCAUGGUGAAUUUAAUGGUGACUAUUGGGCGUCAUCCCCGUUGCCGAACUGUGCCUUUUCCAACGCCGGAGGGGGUGGCCGAGGUGAGCAACGACGUGGGCGCCGCCCGAGAAUGCUACCUCGCCACCAUCCAAGCCGCAGUCGGACCUCAGCCCUCGCCGAGGUCAGAAGAAAAGAGGACGGCUGUCCUCUCCAUACACUGCCUCGACCUUCAGAAGGCAGGAGAGCCCAACAGGCUUGAGCCUGGGGAUGAGGUGGAACUAGUGGUCUUGGAUGAAGUGAACCCUGACCAAGUGGUCCAAGUAGGGGCCGGGCUCCCCUCACCCCUGAAAGAAGAAAUGAUCUCCCUGAUCAAGGACCACCGGGACAUCUUCGCGUGGUCCGCAGAUGAAGUAGUCGGAGUGCCACCCGAGCUCAUGACUCACCAACUCAACGUUAACCCACAGGCCCGACCUGUGCGGCAGAAGCGAAGGCACUUCGGCCCCGAACGUAGCAAGGCCAUCUCGGAUGAAGUCGACAAGCUCUUGCCGGCUAAGAUGAUCCACGAGGUCCAAUAUCCCACCUGGCUGUCCAACCCAGUCAUGGUCAAAAAGGACACCGGUGGAUGGAAAAUGUGUGUAGAAUUCACCGACCUCAACAAGGCCUGCCCCAAAGAUUGCUAUCCUCUGCCGAGGAUAGACGCCCUCGUCGACUCGGCGAUGGGGUAUGAAGUCCUCUGCUUCCUAGAUGCCUUCAAAGGGUAUCAUCAAAUAGGAAUGAGUGAAGAGGACCAAGAGAAAACGGCGUUCUACACCGACCGAGGUACUUAUUGUUACACUACUAUGCCCUUCGGGCUAAAGAACGCCGGGGCGACCUACCAAAGGCUGAUCAACCGACUUUUCAAGAAUCAGAUCGGCCGCAAUGUGGAGGCCUAUGUGGAUGACAUCCUCGUCAAAAGUCUCGCCACUUCAUCCUUCCUGUCAAACUUGAGGGAAGUCUUCGGGGUCCUGCGAGACUCGAGGAUGAAGCUGAAUCCCAAGAAGUGCGUCUUCGGCGUCACCUCGGGAAAAUUCUUGGGGUAUCUGGUUUCCCACCGGGGAAUCGAGGCCAACCCCGACAAAAUCAAGGCCAUUCAGGACAUGUCCCCACCUCGGAACGUUCGAGAAGUCCAAAGGUUGAAUGGACGCUUGGCUGCGUUGAACCGCUUCCUGUCCCAAUCCGCUGAAAAAGCUCUGCCCUUCUUUAAGGUGCUGAAGAAGGCUAACCAAUUUACCUGGACUGAGGAGUGUCAGGCUGCCUUCGACCAGUUGAAGCGCGCUGUGCUCAUCCGAGAUGAGGGCACCCAAGUGCCAGUCUACUACGUCCGCCGGGCCCUCCGCGGGCCGGAGACUCGAUACACUCAGGUGGAAAAACUCGUGCUGGGGCUAGUCCACGCAGCUAGGCGAUUGAAGCCCUACUUCCUCGCCCAUCCCAUCUCCGUCCGGACUGACCAGCCCAUUCGGCAAAUAUUGGUCCGCCCCGAGGCUUCCGGUCGCCUCACCAGGUGGGCUAUUGAAUUGGGAGAGUAUGACUUGUCCUAUGAGCCCCGCACGGCCAUAAAAGCUCAAGCUCUGGCCGACUUCCUGGCCGAGCUGACCUUCACCGAAGGAUCUGAGUCCACCUCCGCCGUAGCCGAAGUGUCCACCUCACCCUCAUGGACGCUGUACGUAGACGGGUCUUCUAAUGGGGAUGGCAGCGGAGUUGGACUGCUCCUGGAAGGACCUCAGGGAGAAGUGUGCUCUUACGCCCUUCGCUUCGGCUUCCCAGCCACCAAUAAUGAAGCCGAGUACGAGGCCUUAAUUGCUGGACUCCAGCUGGCCCGUAGACUCGGCGCCCAACAAAUCCAUGUCCGCGGUGACUCCCAACUAGUAGUACGCCAGGUUCUUGGUGAGUACGAGGCCAAGGAUGAGACCAUGCAACGGUACCUCUCCAAGGUUCACCAGCUCACCGCAUACUUCGAGUCUUUCGAAAUCCAAAGAAUACCCCGAUCCCAGAAUAAGCGAGCCGACGCUUUAUCCCGGCUGGCUUCCACUUCAUUCUCUGACCUCAACAAAACCGUCUUGGUGGAGGUCCUGAGUGAACCAGGAUACGUGGAAGAGGUGGCCUGCCCCGUCCACUCCGAAGAUACCUGGAUGACCCCGUUCAUCCUCUUCUUGAGUCAGGGAACACUUCCCCAAGACCGAGCCGAGGCGAGAAGAAUACAACGCAAGGCGGCUCGGUACGCUCUCCGCGAUGGAGAACUAUAUAAACGCUCUUAUCUCGGCCCAUGGCUGAGCUGUGUCACUCCCGAGGCCGGAGGUCAUGUCCUCCACGAGAUCCAUGAAAGCCUGUGCGGAGCUCACGUCGGCCACAGGAUGUUAGCCAAGAAGACUAUGCUCCUUGGAUAUUUCUGGCCGUCACUUCGGCAAGACGCCCAGGACCUCGUUCUCGGCUGCCCUUCCUGCCAAGUCCACGCACCCGAGCACCACCAGCCCUCAAAUUUCAUGGUUCCCAUCACUUCACCCUGGCCGUUUGAGCAAUGGGGGACAGACAUCAUAGGUCCUUUCCCUAAAGCCGUCGGGGGUUAUACCUUCCUGGUCAUCAUCUCGGACAAUGGGAGACAGUUUGCCGAGAACCCAUUCAAGACCUGGUGCGAAAACCUCGGCAUCAAACAACACUUCACUUCGGUAGGCCACCCUCAGGCCAAUGGUCAAGCAGAAAACUUCAACCGAACUCUCCUGCAUGGUCUCAGGACCCGACUACACCGAGCUGGGUCAUCUUGGGUGGAGGAACUCCCCAGUGUCUUGUGGUCGUAUCGGACCACGCCGAGGUCAGCGACGCAAGAGACCCCAUUCUCCCUGACCUACGGUGCCGAGGCUGUCAUCCCGGUUGAGAUCCUUACCCCCAGCCCUCGGCUGGCAGCCUAUGCCGCCGAGGUGAAUGACGAAGAGAGGUUGCUGGACCUCGACCUCGUCGAAGAACGAAGGGACCUUGCCUCGGCCCGGAUAGCUUCAUACAAGAACACACUGGCCCACUAUUACAAUGCCCGUGUCAGACAUCGUAGAUUCCGUCCUGGAGACUUGGUUCUCAGAAAAAAUUCAGUCAGCCGAGCUGAACCGCAAGGGAAAUUAUGCCCGAAAUGGGAAGGCCCUUACCGAAUUGUGGAAUCUGACCCUAAGGGGUAUUGUAAACUGAGUUACCGAGAUGGCUCAUUAGUGCCGAGGUCUUGGCACGCCGAGAACCUUAGGUUGUAUUAUGCUUGA